GGGAGUCCGUCCGCCGCCAUGACGGCUCGCGUGUGUGCCAUUCUGUUGCUAGCAGCAUUCACUGUAACUCACGCGCUCGUCGACGAAGCCGUCGAUGUAAUCAGACUCGGUAUAGACGUGGGCGAGGAAGUUCUCAAUUCUUGGGACAUUAUCAGCAAACCUUUCAAUGUGUCGGGCGGUGUCGAGUUACCCAUCAUCAGGAGACGAGAGAGGCAGGUGCUGGCGCGAUUGGCCCAGGUGACCCGGGCGAUAAAUAGGCUUGAAUUAAAUGUAGAUAAGAAUGGCGCCGUUUUGAUGCUCCUGGCGAAGCACAUAGGUCGCGGUAACAGCCUCGAGUUAAAGCUUCACGAAAUGUCAGAUCUAUUGAGCCGAGUGUCAUCGGCGGAUCAGAAGAUGAGAGAGUACACGAGAAACCAGCGCGAGUUUGAGAGGAGAACGCUGGAGGACUUCGCAGAGUGGUGCGUCUCGCACGAUAGCAGUGCAUUGCCCGGUCUUAUGGAGCGCGUGUACGCAAUGAUAGUUCCACCGCACAAACAUCUGCUCGGACAAAGUAUUUUACAGGUCAUUUUGGAAGAUUUACAAGAAGAUCAUCUCUGCGAUAUGCAGAUGUCACCACACCAGCUGAUAUACGACAUGUACAACACGAUAUCCCUAACGGAGAUAAAGGGAUACGCAAUGAUGCAAUUCUCAUGGAUGCUGCUCAGGAUAUAUGGCAAAGGAAACUUCACGCAGGAAGCGAAUCUGACGCGGGUGAGGUAUGCCGAAAGGACAUCGCGUAUUGCGACCGCUGCCAAGGCAACAAUGGCGAUGGCCAAACGUGACCUGUAUAGAUGUGAUCCAAAAGAACAUAAGCUUGGAGAAACAUACGAGGAAGUGACCAAGUUGCUUCAAGGGUACAUAGAAAACGAAGUAAACCUGAACGCUGAUCAGACUUGCAAGGAGAACUGCGCGUAUUACACGCUCGCUGAGCGACAUGGCUGCUUCAAAGGGGAAUACUGUGCAAAACAAUCGUGCAAUGGGAGGAUCAUUAACUGCCAAUACAUUGACUCCGAUAUGUGGGUCUGUCCGGCUGCUAGGGACAGUCCGCGUCGGUACGAGUGGAUCGAAUACGAAAACGGUAGGAAAUUGGGACCAGCUGGUAGUUGCACGCGAGGGGAGACCAAGGUCGACUCCUGGUGGAAGUUGAAUCUUCUACAUUGCUCAUACUGCUUUUGUCUCUGUGAAGACGAUAUCCAGUCGUCUGUGAGAACCUUCAGCUUACGAGAAGCGUUGGCUGAUAUAAAGCGGAACAAGGUCGUUACUGGCUUACGUCUCGUGAAGCACGGGAGAGUGUUCCAUCUACAGAUAAGUGAGGGUUUUCUGGGACAAAGAGGGACCGUUGUACCCGGAAGCUGGGUGCCGGUACAAAAGUUCGAUAUCUCUGAGCCGGGAAUAAGAGAAGGGGAGGACUACCACAAGUUGACUUACGAGAGGAGAGCUAUUGAUUUGGACGAACUCGACUCGCCAUCGGGACAUAUUCUAACCGGAGUCAGAUUCCGAAUGAUCGGUGCUCAUUUGCACUUCGAAAUUCGCUCGACACCCUUCAACUACACAACUGGACGAAUGUCGCCCGAAAGAAGCCAGUGGAUCAGCAAUGACAACACGGAGGGUGCCGAAAUCCCAAGGUCCCGCCUGAGCCUGGUGAAGCCCGACAUCCCGACGCGCAGCGCGGCGCCGCUGGCGGUGGACUCGCGCCACGACCAGUACGUGGAGUUCGUCAACAGCGACAUUGACGCCGACGCCGCGCAGAGCACCGUGCCCUUCGUCGACGUGCAGCCGCUCGAGCCCAUGAGAGGUGCGUCACUACUGAGCGGAGCGGGUAUCAUCCACCGCGGAGCGAGUGGCUACGGCGGCUUCGUAGCACCCAAGCUGGUCACCUACGACUACUCCCGUCACGUGAGGGCGCAACCGCCCCCCGACGACAUACAAGAGGAGGAGCCGGCAGAUGUGAUUUUGCCCCUUAACAAUUUUUAAUUAAGUAUAGGUUAACGUACUCCGUAUACUCAUCGCAAUGUAGUGUAAUUUGAUAAAUAAAGCUAAGUAAGUGCGA